AAAAAAAGGAAACGUGAACUGCCGCAAGAAGCUUUGAGCCGGAGCCCGUCUGUGUUUGUAUCGAUUAUUCCGAUAAAAGGCGAGCUUAUAUAACCAAAUGAGUCCUCAUAUUUAUGAAUGGCUUUAAUUAUUUAACCGCCAAAGAUGGUGAUUGAUCUCGAGUCAGCUCGGGAACUGGUUCAGGAGGAGAAAGCCUCAGCUAGCCAGCGUUAGCUUUCAAGGAUGAGCGCUAACCGAGCGUACAAUGAGUGACUCCUGAGGGGCUGUCUCUGCGACAAAGGAGAGCUUCGUGUGUGCCUUUAGCUACCUCCGGAACCGUGUCGAUACUGUUUACAUGAUGAAGAACUGCGAGUACCAGCAGAUCGACCCGAGGGCGCUGACGGUGUCGCCCUGCUCCGCGCAGAACCAGCACACCGAGAAGAGAGCGCAGCGGCCGCGGAGGAAAUGGGAAGUGUUCCCGGGGAAGAACCGGUUCUUCUGCGAUGGACGGAUCAUCUUGGCCAGACAGAGCGGUGUCCUUCCUCUGACACUGGGCCUUAUUGUUGUCACUUGUGGCCUUUUCUUUGCAUUUGAUUGCCCAUUCCUGGUGAAACACCUGACCGUCUUCAUACCUGUGAUCGGCGCGGUGCUCUUUGUGUUUGUAGUCAUCUCUCUGCUGAGAACCAGCUUUACAGAUCCAGGCAUCCUACCCAGGGCCACCCCAGAUGAAGCAGCAGACAUAGAGAAGCAGAUAGAUACCUCAGGAUCAUCAACAUAUCGUCCCCCUCCGCGAACCAAGGAGAUCCUCAUCAACCAGCAGGUGGUAAAGCUCAAAUACUGCUUCACUUGUAAAACCUUCCGGCCUCCUCGGACUUCCCAUUGCAGCCUCUGUGACAACUGUGUGGAACGAUUUGAUCAUCACUGCCCAUGGGUGGGGAACUGCGUGGGCAAACGCAACUACCGCUUUUUCUACAGCUUCAUCAUCUCUCUGUCUUUUCUGACAUCUUUCAUAUUCGGCUGUGUCAUCACACACAUUACCCUGCGUUCUCAAACAGGUAAAAGCCUUGUUCAAGCCAUCCAAGAGAGCCCUGCCAGUGUUGUGGAGUUGGUGAUUUGUUUCUUCUCCAUCUGGUCUAUUCUGGGCCUCUCAGGCUUCCAUACUUACUUAGUAGCCUCCAACCUCACAACAAAUGAAGAUAUAAAGGGCUCCUGGUCAAGUAAAAGGGCUGCAGAGGAGUCUGGGAACCCGUACAGUUACAACAGUAUUAUAACCAACUGCUGUGUGACGUUAUGUGGCCCCAUGCCCCCGAGUCUGAUAGACAGAAGAGGUUUCCUGUCUCUUGAUGAGGCAAUCCCCACUUCUUCUGCCUCUGAGAUAGAGCUGCCUCCAUUCCUGGCCAAGAACGACGCUCACAUGUGCACUCAGAGCACCAAGGACGUGCUGGAGAGGAUGGUCCACUCCUUUGACCUUCAUGCCCUGUGCCCCCCUGGCACCCCAAAGACCAGUCCCCUGGGCAUGGAGGUCUCCAGCACGACAGCAACUUCCCCAGAAGCUUCACCCCCCGCUGGCUGCUCACCGCAGCUCGCUGACCAGCCCAUGGCCGCUCCAUGUCCCCUGUUCAGCAGCAGAAGCAGCAGCAAGAGGGACUCGCUGCACUCCAUCAACCCAGCCUUCCGUCUGGCUUCUCCCUCGCCAUCGCUGAGCCGCGCCACUUUGAUUCCGGGUGAUGCACCCGACACUGGCUUUAUCCCGCUACCCUGAGUACACCCAUUCACCAUGUGAGAAGAGAAGGAGUAACAGUGCACUCAAUGCUGCUCACGUCAUGUUUUUGGCUACAAACAAACUCUUUCAUAGUGGUGGUCAUUCUCUGUGUUACUAUUUGGUAUCAAGAUGUCAUUCUGAUGAGUUGAUCAAACAUCACCCAGAGGUUUUUUUUUAAUGUUCUGUGUCAACACUGUCCUACUAUAUACUACAUGUCUCCUUCAUGAUGGAGGUCAAUCUUAGUAAUACUUGGAAGCACAAUAUAGAGAUAUUUUUUUAUCACCUUUUUAUGAAGACACCCAGAACAUGCCUCCACACCUUCCACAGAACCUCAAGCCAUACAUCACAGCCGCGGUGUUUAAGUUUCUUGCUAAUAUCUUAUGCAAACAGCUCUCAUAUCUGGGAAUACAGACAUUUAGAUUCACUGAACUGGCGUGCUCUGGAUAGUGAGCCAUAUCAGGAUUAUGAACUCAAAGAGUUAGCCUCACGUCCCCGUCACAUCGUGUCAUCGAGACCCACAUCAUCCCAAUGUUAUCAGGUGGAUCCAGCGCAACAGUACUGAGAUGAAUGAGCAAUGAGUUUGACGAGGGAGUUUUUAUUUUAUUUUUAAUGUAUGCAUAUCAUGGAUUUUCCUGUAAUCAGUUUAUCAUGUCCUGUACAUCAGGUGCUUUUAGGCUAAAUGGUAAAUAUAUUUUCUUUCUGUGAAGUGUAUCACUUUAGGAAAAGUAUACUUAACAUGUAAAACUGAGUGAAUUUGUGCAUUGUGUGACUGGAGACCGACCUAAAAUAGUUCCUCCACAUAUUUUAUGUUCACUUUGUUGCUUCAUCUAGUUUGUCGGAUGUCAAAACCGAGUGUUUAAUUUACGGUCCCAUAUGCUGCUGCCGACCAGGAAUGCAGUAUUUAUCACAGACACACUGUUUCCUAUUAACGUAAGCUGCGGGAAUGCUUACAGUACGAGUGAGCAUCUGUUUUUUCAUGAGUGUGUUUGUUGUUACGGUACAGGCACGUAUGGAUUGUGUCAAGCGGAGUAAUCUUUUAGGAAUGUUGAUGAGGCCUCUUUACGUGCAGGCCAAGCUGUCAUUUUAAUGGCCGUGACCUUUUCCUCUUCUUACAGCACGAAACUUAACCCUCCAUCUGUGAUGGUGGAGUACAAUUUCUCGAGAUGAAAUGGCAGGAGUUAGUUGGAGUCACUAGGGGGCAGCAUAUAAACAAGGAUUGCAGCCUAGUCAGAAGACAAUUUAGUAAAGAAAACCAUUAAAGGAAGGCCUUUUGUUGUUUUAUUUAUUUUUUUGUAAGUGAGUGCUGAAGCUGUACAUAGGUUGUGGAUUUGUGAAGAACAUCUGUCAGUCUGCAUCAAAAGCCCAUAGGUUGUGUGAACAAUUACAAGCAGUGCUUGUAUGAACAAACUUGUUUGUUUGUAUUUUGUAGGAUGUAACAGUGGAACUGUAACAUUUGAUCAAUAAAAAAUGAUCAGUUUUGUUGA